AUGAGCUCCCUGAGAGAUGCAUUCAAAGAGGGGGAAAUUCCCCAAGAGCUGUGUACACAUUGCGUGAAAAACAACGAAGGACUGACGGGCGAAUGGACUAUUAUUGCAGACCAUCGUUCUGACGGACUGCGCGAAAUCACAGAGUUCUUUGGGUUGGACCCCCGAGACAGAACGGCAUGGGAAUUUUCCCUGCACCUGAACGCUCCUCGCCUUCUGCCUCAUGCCCCUCUGCGUCACAUGGCGUCUGGCUGCGAAGACGGAACCUUCCUGGCUGCAGAGAUCGACGGCAUUCUCUUUGUUAAAUACGAAAUGCGAAGGGGAACGUUCUACAUCACGCGCAUCUUGUUGGACAGAGAUCCCUCUAGCAAAGAGAGGGGGCCUAUCACGCUGGCUCAGUACUGUGUGAUCACGAAGGAUGGGGAGAAGCACGUGGCUCAUCGGUACCACAAGCGCGUCGAGGGCAGGGGAGCGCCUCAAGUGCGGCGUGAAGCACACACACUAAAUGCCUUUCUGCUCCGCGCAUGUCUGCAUGCAAAGGGAGGCGAAUGGGCAGCUCUGCGACACACCGAGACACCCCUAUCAGGAUCCAAAAUCCCUGUUAUCCCUGCCUUUUUGAAAGGUGCCUUGGUAGGUCAACUCGUCGCGAGGCGGCAAGACGCGUGUUCUUCCGCAUCCGCUGGCCUUUUGAGCGGCUUGCCGUUUCGCAAUGUUUUAACAUGCCCCCGUGUGCAGUGCCUACCCUUAAAGCCACUCUGUGCUAUGCAAGAAGAGACAGCUUCGCGAGGUUCAAACCCAAAGCUCAAUACUUCCACUAUUAUUGCAAACAGCUGCAGUCAGGUCAGCAAGGCGGCGAGGUUUCCUCUAACUGCAAAACACUCUGCGUCACCCUUUAGGGGGUCCCGUGGAUAUCCUCAGCGUACAGCCACAGUACGUAGAUGUCGAUAG